AUGGUAGAACCUCCUCCUCCGUCCAAGCAGCCACUUCCACGCAGGCCGUCUCUUGCAAGCUCCGUGAGUAGUUCUUUGAGCGGUCGAUCUUCAUUUAGCGAGCAAAAUCCCUCGCUCCUCGCCACUCCGACGUCGGUCCAAACCGCAUCAACAAGUCCACCUCUUUCCUUCAGCUCGCCAUCCCACAUAGACACAUUGGAUUCAGUUGACGAAGACAUACAGGAAGAAGAAGAGGGUGACGAGGGGACUGAUUCUGCUCGAUCCGCGCCAAUACUGACGGCCAACCAGUAUGUUGAACCAGAAAUGCUAUUGGGUGUCUCGAUGGGUUUUGCACGACCAGCAAUCUCGACGAUAUUGUCGCCUAUGGCAGCGGCCAUGCCCAAUAUCAUCACACUACCAUAUGGGAAGGCACCGACAUUUCACAUCCAGGCGCCCACCUGGCGUCACCUGUUGAAGCUCAUGGCGCGAUUGAGCGGGACUCGCGUCGAGCCAACUCUAGAAGCUCUUACUGUUGCAAAAGAUGAGCUCAAGUUGAGAACGGUGAUCCAGUUUGUCAAAAUCCAUCACUCUGCUUCGGAAUGGCGAACGGUUAUCUAUUUGACGACUGACAUGCCAGUACCUUCAUCCGUCACAAACUCGCAUAAGUAUACCAAUGGCGAUGUAAACGUACUUCCUUACUCCUACACCCUUUCACCACUCCCCCAGCUCCUCCGUGAUGGGGCUGAUUCGCCAAUGGCAAGAUACUAUGUGGUUCCCGCGACAAAUUCCACUCCAUACCCUACGCUCCCCAUUAACUUUCCCAACCUUGCAAUGUACUUGCAAUCGGCGGUCCAGAACUCGAGGAAGGCUGCUCACGAUAGCUCCAGUGGCGUUCGGAAGCUCGCUCAGAAUAUUGACUCUUGCUAUCCCAGAGAUGACGAGAGGCCGGUUAGUUUGGACUUCUCUGACACCUCUCGAAGUCUAGGUGGGAUGUUUAAACGUGUUAUCAAACGCGGAAAAACUCCAAGAGGACGAGGAGGUAAUGAAGAAAUUUAUGAUCUAGUUACACCAUUUGUGUCAGAUGAGUGGGGUUGA